AUGGGUAACACCAGGAGCUGUGCUGUGUCCAAGGAGAUCCUGGAGGACCUGAAACUCAACACCAAGUUCUCAGAGACUGAGAUUGUCCAGUGGUAUGAAAACUUCCAGAGGCAGUGUCCAACAGGGCGCAUCUCGAGUGAGGAUUUUCAGUCCAUCUACCGAAAAUUCUUCCCAGACAGCGAUGUCAAUACAUAUGCCCAACAUGUCUUCCGCUCCUUCGAUGCAAACGAUGAUGGCACGCUGGACUUCAGGGAGUACAUCAUUGCCCUCCACAUGACGUCAACAGGGAAGAUCGACAGGAAACUGGAGUGGGCCUUCUUGCUGUUUGACGUGGACAAGAACGGAUACAUCACCAAGUCGGAAGUCCAGGAAAUCUGCACAGCGAUUUUCAAGCUGAUUCCUAAAGAUGAACUGUCGGCUCUGCCUGAUGAUGAAAACACACCUGAAAAGAGGGCAGAUAAACUGUGGAAGUUCUUUGACAAGGAAGAAAAUGACCGUGUGGCAGAAGGGGAGUUCAUCCAUGGAGUGUUGAACAAUGACGAGGCUCUUCGUUUGAUUCAGUAUCAGCCUUUAAAGUAA